UGGCGACCGAGCUGUCGCCCAUUCUCGAUGAUGACGAGCUAAGUGGGCGAAGUAAACGUAGAAAGAAAUUCAGAUACCCGGAAUUUGAAGAUGAUUUUGCAGGCACCGAAAUGCACGAAAUGGAUGAAGUCCCCCUCAUGAUAGGGAAUGAGUCUGAUGGCUUCGAGACUGAUGAAAGCGACUAUUUGAUUCGUCCCCGGUUGCGGGGACGUCAUUCUCACGGAUUCAUCUAUUUUUUAACCACUGGAUGGCGCCUCAAGUGUGUUAGUUGUUGCGAGGCCGUCUGGGACAAAUGUCGUCGCAAGAAAGAAUACAAGCCGCGGUUGGUGCCGGUCGGCCUCCUGGCGCCGACGACAGAAAAGUUUCCAGCGAAUAUAAUACGAAACCAGAAGUAUAGUGUCAUCACGUUUAUACCCAUGGUGUUAUUUGAACAAUUUCGAUUUUUCCUGAAUCUCUACUUUCUUGUGAUGGCGUGCUCACAGUUUAUCCCGGAGAUACGGAUAGGAUAUUUAUAUACUUACUGGGGACCAUUGUGUUUUGUGAUAUUUGUUACCAUGGUGCGGGAGGCGGUCGAUGAUUUCAGACGUUUUCGACGAGAUCGAGAGAUGAAUUCAACAAAGUAUAAAAAAGUGACGCGGACCGGUGUUGUAAUCGUGCCAAGUUCAAAGAUCAAAGUUGGCGAUCUUAUUUUUGUAGAAAAGGAUCAGCGGGUUCCAGCCGAUAUGGUACUUGUCCGAACGACAGAGAAAAACGGGUCUUGUUUUAUCAGGACUGACCAGCUCGAUGGAGAAACGGACUGGAAGCUUCGACUAGCGAUUGGCUCCACGCAGCAGUUGCCGACCGACGCUGAUCUGUGGGGAAUAUCGGCUCAGGUCUAUGCCGAGAAACCGCAAAAAGACAUUCACAGUUUUAUUGGGACAUUUACACGGUGUGACCAGGUGCACCAAUCAGAAGAUUCGCUGGCGAUUGAGAAUGUCCUGUGGUCCAAUACUGUGGUAGCGUCAGGGACAGCUCUAGGUGUGAUCAUCUACACCGGGCCAGAGACUAGAGCCGUCAUGAACACCUCUCAUCCUAAAACUAAGGUGGGGAUGUUGGACCUCGAAGUGAACACAUUGACCAAACUCCUGUUCUUUGCCGUGGUCGUGUUAUCGUUGGUGAUGAUGAUCAUCAAGGGCUUCACCGGACCGUGGUAUCGAUACAUGUUUAGAUUCAUCCUCCUCUUCUCCUACAUCAUACCAAUUAGUUUGCGUGUUAACCUUGACAUGGGCAAGGCAGUGUAUUCCUGGAUGAUCCAGCGAGACGACAAGAUACCUGGUACAGUGGUACGGAGCACUACCAUCCCCGAAGAGAUGGGUCGCAUCACUUAUCUUCUUUCUGAUAAGACGGGUACCCUCACUCAGAAUGAAAUGAUUUUCAAACGACUUCAUCUCGGGACUGUUUCAUUUUCAUCCGACACCAUGGAUGAGGUCAUGGCGCACUUAAAGACGUCGUUCACGAUACCAAAAGACCCAGCAGCUCUCACGCCCAGUCGACCCGGGUCCACGACGAAAGUCCGCCGUACGAUCGUGACGCGUGUUGUGGAAGCGGUGAAGGCAUUGGCACUGUGCCAUAACGUGACGCCAGUCUACGAGGAUGUUGAAGACAGCGCCAAUUCGGAGACAGAAGCGGACCAACAGAUCAAACAGGAAGUGACAUAUCAGGCUUCCAGCCCUGAUGAGGUGGCUCUGGUAGCAUGGUGUGAAAGCGUUAACCUGACCCUAAUUAAGCGUGACCUGACCAACAUGUGGCUUCGAUCGCCAACCGGCACCGAACUACACUAUCAAAUCUUACAAAUAUUUCCUUUUACGUCAGAGAGAAAAAGAAUGGGAAUCAUUGUCAGGGAGAUGAGUACUGGCGAUAUCACGUUCUUUAUGAAAGGUGCCGACGUCGUGAUGGUGCCAGUUGUCCAGUACAAUGAUUGGCUGGAGGAAGAGUGCGGUAACAUGGCACGUGAAGGUCUUCGUACUCUCGUCGUAGCCAAGCGGCCGCUGACGGAAGACCAGUACCAGGACUUUGAGAAUCGCUACCACCAGGCAAAACUCGCCAUCCAGGAACGUUCGUCCAAGGUCGCACAAGUCAUUGAAGGGCUGGAGAUGGACAUGGAGCUGCUGUGUCUGACAGGGGUUGAGGACAAGCUCCAGGAUAACGUUAGGCCUACGUUAGAGAUGUUAAGGAACGCUGGCAUCAAGGUUUGGAUGUUAACAGGUGAUAAGCUAGAGACGGCUACAUGCAUUGCUAAAAGUUCACGGUUAGUUUCACGAACGCAGAGCAUUCACACGUUCAAGCAGGUGUUGUCUCGAGCAGACGCGCAUUUGGAACUCAACUCGUUUAGGAGAAAACAAGACUGUUGUCUUGUUAUAACUGGGGAGUCACUUGAGGUGUGUUUGAAAUAUUAUGAGCAUGAGUUUGUCGAGUUGGCUUGCCAGUGCCCAGCAGUCGUGGUAUGCCGAUGCUCGCCGACCCAGAAGGCAGAGAUAGUUAAACUUCUCAGAGCGCACACGAACAACCGGACAUGUGCUAUAGGUGAUGGAGGUAAUGAUGUCAGUAUGAUCCAGGCGGCGGAUGUAGGCGUGGGUAUCGUCGGCAAGGAAGGGAAGCAGGCGUCGCUGGCGGCAGAUUUCUCCAUUAACCAGUUUAGUUUUCUUGGGCGGUUGCUCAUGGUGCAUGGUCGAUACAGCUACAAGCGUUCAGCAGCCCUGAGUCAGUUUGUGAUACAUCGUGGCUUGAUCAUCUCUACUAUGCAAGCAGUCUUCUCAUCUGUAUUCUAUUUCGUCUCGGUGUCACUCUUCCCUGGAUUCUUAAUGGUGGGUUAUGCCACAAUCUUCACCAUGUACCCAGUGUUCUCAUUGGUGCUGGAUAAGGAUGUGUCGCCCGAGAUCGCACUGACGUAUCCCGAGUUGUAUAAAGAUCUGGUGAAGGGGCGGACGUUGUCUUUCAAAACAUUCUUCAUAUGGGUGCUUAUAAGUAUAUAUCAAGGUGGUAUAAUCAUGUACGGCGCUUUGCUACUUUUCGAGGACGAGUUCAUCCAUGUCGUGGCGAUCACUUUCUCAUCGCUCAUCUUGACGGAGUUGUUGAUGGUGGCGCUGACAAUACGAACCUGGCACUAUCUCAUGGUCAUAGCGGAAGUUGGAAGCUUAGCGGUGUAUAUAGCGGCAUUAGCCAUCUUGAGGAACUAUUUUGACGCCAAUUUCCUCAAGACGUGGGACUUUGUUUGGAAAGUCGUAGUGAUCACUUCAGUCAGCUGCAUCCCACUUUACAUACUCAAAUAUCUCAGAAGAAAAUUCUCGCCUCCGAGCUACUCCAAGCUGACGUGACGAGAUAGACAGACCAAAGAUCUUUCAAUGCUUUACCACUUCUACAAUAAUCACAAGAACGAUCUCGCUCUGUUUUCUUCUCAAGUUGUUGUGGUUGUUUUCGCCAUCAAUUGUAAUUUGUAAAUGUUGGUAGCGCUUUUUCCGGCGCUGUUGCCAUAGUGGGCCACCAUUAUCAACAGAAAUCUAUCUAAUAAGACUGCCACUUCACUGGUAAACACCCUGAUGAUGCUAUGUACAUGUGCGUGUUGAUUCCCAAGGGUAGCCGUCACUCCGGGAGGAUAGCAUUGCCCCUAAUCUACAUUUUCAUGGUCAACCAUAGGUGUCUAUCUUUAGUGUUACUUGUCCUCUGUAAUAUUUUGCUAUUUAUAACGAGAUUGUAUGUAAAAUGCGUUCUGAUUGGUUGAUGUUGGUGAGUAAUGUUAGAAUUGGCCAAUGAGGUAGUCAGUUACAUUGUGCUGUGGUGGAAAAACACUCUUUGAUUACCUAAUAACUAAAGCUUAGACAAUCAUGACAGGUGUUGUUCUUUACUUGCAAGUGACGUCAUGAGACUGAUAUUUUGUCUGUUGUAGCAUAGGUAAUUACAUGCGAAAUUGUUUGGUUGUUGACCAUAAAGGAUGAGGUGAGUGAAGACUGAUAAAAGGUUUUUAUUGCUGAAUGUAUUUCCCAUGCUUAAAGGAUAUCCUUAAUACACUGACCAACAAAGGUGCCAAUGAUAACAUCAGCUAACGGCUGACAUCAGGAUUUUCAGAUUUGACAAGAAUAAGGUCAUCAGUACCGACACCACCCCCUAGGGCCAAAACUAGAGGGACUUUAUCCACAUCUGGAAAACCGAUCCUGCCAUGGGGAGAGACCUGCACACACUCGAUCAGAUCAGAAAAUCCUGCAGUAUUCGUGACCUUCACAGGCCUGUGUCUUGAGGAAGUCGCACAUGUUGCUCCCUCUAUCCCUGAUAAAGGGAACAACAUGUAUUACUGGCGAUCCUCGGUGAUGUAUAGUAAAGUGGUUUGUGUAAUUCCGGAAAGACGUUUCUGCAAGUCAUCAAUGUGCCAUGCAUUGUAUUGUAGUUAUCUGUACACUUUUCUAUUGCUUUGUACAUGUGUGAUAUAUGUAAAUAAAUGUAAAUAUGUAUGAGCUGUCAGAGGUCGUUUGUGGAGUAUGCAUGCAAAGAUUUGCUAACAGUUUACAUUUUGUCUAAGUGUAAAUAUAUUGAUGCUCGUGUUAAAUUUUGGUACAAUCAAUGAGAAAGGUUCCCUGUCGUCUUACCAUUUGAUAUCUGACAAGUGUGCCAAACAAUUAUGGGAUGAAAUGUUGUGAUAGCGAGUCUCCUUUUCACCAAACGCCCAAAAAUCAUCUGCGUGAAGAAAUUGUGACUUAAUUCACAAUACAGGAAUGCCACAGCCAGUCCAGUCAUUCUGAUGUGUACAGAUGUUGCCCCUGGCAAAGGUUCUCUAACUACAUGUAUGACUGCCACAUUUUCGUUUGAAAUACGGUCACUCGUUGCCCCUGGCAAAGGUUCUCUAACUACAUGUAUGACUGCCACAUUUUCGUAUGAAAUAGGUCACUCGUUGACAAUUUGCGAAUUGGAACAUGUUGCAACUUGCAUGAGAAAGUUUUUGUGUUCAUACUGUAUGAUUGGCCAAAAUGUAAGACAUUUGCUUAUGCGCCGUUAUUAACUAGGACAAGAUGAAUGAAAAUAUAAUUAUUAGGUGGGCACUUGAGAUGGCAAAAAGAAUAAUUCAUGUAGGUAAUGCUAUUAUAUCUUGAGCCACCUUCGAACAGAAAAUCAACGAAGAUCAACCUAUUUAGUGGGGGAUUGUGAUGCUGACAUCUAAUAAACCAAGGUUCUGCAUUUAACAAGCUAGGAUCAACCAACUAAACUCCGUAACUUUUUACUUUAAAUUCAUUGAAGAAAAUUCAAAUAUAACUCAGAAAUAAAAAAAAAAUGAACUGAAUAGGGUCUAUUUUUAAUGUAUACCAUCCCAAGUUGCUGUGCUGACAAGAGUUAGUCCUGAGUGUUUGUGUUAAUAUUAUUAGCUUGGCUUAAAGUGAUAUCUAUCAUGGUGUUAUUUAUUGGAGGAUAUUUGUUCUUGCCAUGAUAUAAUAAAGUGUAACUUUCAUG